CUGCCUUCAUUGUGCAUCUUUGAGCCGUUCUGACAUAUGCGCUCCCCUUCUGCCUUCCCGCUGCUUUCUUUCUGCCGUCUUUCCAUCGUCCCCGUUCUUCACCAGGGGAGCCAGUCUCUUUAAGGUUUUGUCCUGUUUCUCUCAGGAUACGAAAAAAGGAGCAGUAGCAGAGAUCACCGGCAGAGGAGACCGUUACCACAAAACAGGAAAAAGGAAGUGGGCAGUGACCUGUGUGAGAGGGGAUUGGAGUCAAACAGCUGUGGCUCAACAGUUUUUGGAUGUUGGGAUAAGAACAUCAGAGCUGUUUGCAAGAAGAAGAAGAGCAAGGGAAAAAAACUGAGACGAAGAAUCUGUUGGAAACACACCCGAGGGGGGAAACCAACCCUCUACAACCCGAGGACAAAAAGGAGGCAAGAAAGACAUUUUGGUGAUAAAACUCCACACUUGGAGUGACUUGAACUUUUUCUCUUACAUGUAAACGUAAAGCCCAGUGUCUUACCAAAAGCUGAGGUUCUUCAAAAAUCUAAUUCUUAAAUAUUCUGGGAUCUGACUUUGGAAAUGUUCUUGGAAUUACAUCUUUGGGAUACUUGUUGAAGAGACUUCAACAGGGUUUCUGAUUCCCGGAAAAGGUUCAGUCAAAGGCUUUGGAGGAAAUAGUUACUUCAGCUGAAAUCUUUUACAUUGAUGAAAACACCUGUUUCUGGACAGAAAAAGUAGCAGGACUCAGGAACUGUUGAAUUUCCUAGAGUUAAAGUAGACUUUCAGCGUCUUCAAACAAGUACGCAAUCGCUAGAGGAUUUGGGCUUCCCCAAGACAAGAGUCAAACCAGACAAUGGUGUGGCUCCAGGUGCAGUCAGCAGGACUCCUUGCCACUUUGGCGCUCCAAUUCCUUGUUAUCGUCACUCCCGACACUGGUCUUUCUGGGAUGGUACCAGAAAGACGAGACUCGGUUGACAUUGUGAAGAAAGAGUCCCAUCCGGUGCUGUUCAGACAGAAGAGGGAUUGGUUGUGGAAUACCAUUUCUGUGACAGAAGAGAGAGAGGAUCUUAUCCCUUACAAGAUAGGACAGCUUCGGUCAGACCGAAAAGUGGCAGUGAGGAAUUUUGCAAUAGAAGGUGAAGGAGUGAACCAAACCUUCAUUGUGGACAACAAAGGAAACCUGUACGUCAAGGAGCGUCUGGACAGAGAGAAGAAGGCCUUGUAUCAUCUGACAGCCAGGAUGUACGAUGGAAACGGCCUGUUGAUAGAGGACGCUGGGGAAUUUGCUAUUGAAGUGAAUGAUAUCAACGAUAACUGCCCAGUUUUUGAAGAAGAGUACAAAGGAUCCGUCAUGGAGAGAACAAAGGAUACAGUGGUUCAAGUGAAGGCGACCGACGCAGACGACCCAAACACGGACAACGGACAAGUCAGGUACACUCUGCCCAGUGGCCGGACUUCUGGUUUAUUUGAAAUCAACUAUGAAACAGGUGUGAUCUCCUCCAAGGUAAGCAACCUAGACCGGGAGACAAAGAGUCAGUACAUGGUGGUUGUCCGGGCUCAGGACAUGAAAGGAAGGGAGUCUGGCUGCAUUGCCACCACCUCAGUGGCCAUCACCAUCACUGACACCAAUGACAACAUAGCAUCUUUUACCAAAAGAAAAUAUGAAAUAAGUGUCCCAGAAAACCUUGAAGUUAAUGAGAUGAUUGCCGUGCUGGAGUUAAUAGACUUAGACGAGGACGAGAACAAGCAGCCCAUCUUUUCCAUUCCAAGUGGCAAUGGGAAUGUAUUCAGCACCAAAUCCAGUAAGGAUAACGACUGCAUACUGGUCCUCAAACAGGCUUUAGACUACGAGACGCAGAAUAACUACACCUUCACUGUCAGGGUGGAUGAACGGCUGCAAUUUUCUCCAGCUGAAAACCUCAAUGUCGCAAAUACAACAGCACAGGUGACCAUCAAGGUGACGGAUGUGGACGAGCCGCCGGUUUUCACUCGCUCCGUCUAUAACUUCAGCGUUCCAGAGGAGCAGAUGGAAAAACCAAUAUUGGGGAGAAUCCAAGCCAGAGACCCGGACGGAAUCAGGAAGCGCAUAGAGUAUUCCAUCCUGGAAACAGGAUUACCCUUUAGGAUCGACCCGACCUCUGGUCAGCUGUCAGUUCUGAGGAGGCUGGACAGAGAGGUGGAGGAGCAACACAUGUUUAAAGUUAAGGCGCAAGAGGAGAACGGCGGCCUGGCAUCAUUUGCUGAGGUUUUUGUAACGGUUCUGGACGUCAAUGACAAUCCACCUGAACUGACUGCCAAUGAUAUCUUUGUGUGUGAGAACGACGUCAGAAACACGGUGAUCGGUAUCCUCGGAGCCUUGGACAAAGACAAUCAAGCAGCUAGCUUCACUUUCAGUCUCGCUCUUCCCAGCUCCAACUUCUCCAUCAGAGACCACGGCAAUAACACGGCUGCUUUACUGGUGAAGGAGGGCCCCUUCAACCUGGAGGAUUCCAGUGAUUACAGUGUGGAAGUGCGCAUUAGUGAUGGAGGCCAGCCUCUCAUGAGCAGCGUCACCAAACUGCAAAUCAAGUUAUGCCAGUGUGACGCCAAGCGAGUUUUUUCAAGGUGUAAGGCCAGUAUGCAGAGGAUGGGGGUCAGUGUCCAGGCCCUGCUUGCCAUACUGCUGUGCAUACUGACCAUACUGGUGAUAGUGAUCCUGAUUGUAAUGAGGAAACAUUACCAGAAGGAUUCUUUGGCCAGUAUGAAGAACAGCGGUGAAAUCCAUGAGCAGCUGGUCACAUAUGAUGAGGAAGGAGGAGGAGAGAUGGACACAAAUGGCUACGACGUUUCAAUUCUCACCUCGGCGUGUAAUGACAGCUCCCUGCUCCGCCACCCCGACCGCCGCUCCUACCCCUCCAUGUACGCCAUGGUUCAGAAACCCCACCACCUCUCUCAGCCCACAGCCUGCAAAGGCGACAUGGCAGCCAUGAUCGAUAUGAAGAAAGACGAGGCCGACCACGACCGAGACGGAUUCCCAUACGACACUCUACACAUCUAUGGCUACGAGGGACCAGAGUCUCUGGCAGGAAGCCUCAGCUCUCUGGACAGUUCCUCCUCAGGAUCAAACUUGGAUUACGACUUCCUCAAUGACUGGGGGCCGAGGUUCAAGGCACUGGCUGAGCUGUACGGCGUGGACGGUGCAGACUACUACCAUCAGUACUGAGAGCAAACGUGCCUCACAGGUUCACAUCUUGUGUGUCGGUAGUUAAAAAUAGCCAUAGAAAUAGGACAGACAGAAGCAGGAAACAGAAAACAUCCCCAACACACUUCAAACACAAUUUUGUUUUUACUCUGUUAUCAUGUGUGAUUCAGCAAUCCAUUUCUGUUUGUGUCCCUUACCUAUUCACUCAUAAUCACUAAGCAACCUGCAUCAACAUCCAGGAGGUUCCAACUUGAUGAACGAAGGUGGCGUGGGUCAGGAUUUUAUUUUAUGCUCUAAAAAGCUGGAAAAAUGACUCACCAAAAUAAGACUUUCUUUGGUUUCUCACUGUAGGGCAGAGAGGCAGUAGGGAUGGUGUGAUAUAAAAUUAUUGGUGUUUUAAAACUUGAACUUUUCUAGUUGUUUGUACACCUUGUAAACCUAAUCAGAACUGAUCUGGGAUCAUGGAUUUGUUAGUGUUAGUCAUGUUUUUUGAAUAUGGUUUUACUCCAAUAUGAAGCAACAUUUUUGAUUACACACAAAGUGUUGCUGAUGAACCCCUUUUCCUUCACCCAUUCAAACUUUUGAACAAGUUUUCUAAAUGUGAACACAUUCAUAAACUCUUGGACUUGAUGUGAUUUUAUAUGAAGGAUGAAACCGUAAAGACUUCCCAAUAUUUCCAACAUGGACUCUUAUUUAAGAGAGGAAGUCUUAUUAUUGGUUUCAGUCCUACUUGGAAUGUAACACACUCCAAGUGAAAGCAAGUGGGUUUGCACAGUGAUAUUUAAUGUCUUCAUGGAGCAAGUAAGUAAUUUUUCUUCUUUUUCGUUCACCAUUGGGUGUCUGAGCAGCAGUCAUGCUUAAGUCUUAAAAUGAGUUAAAUUUAGCACAUAUGUAGAUUUCUAUUGGUUAAAAUCUGAACAGAAAUCCAAUUUGGUUAUCAAGGUGUUGUGUCCCUUCAUGGGCCAGACGUCCUCUGUGCUGAGAGAGAGCAAAACUAGACAACAGAAAGACGGAAAGGAAAUGGCUCUACUGCUGCUCUGACAGAAUUACAGCUUGUUCCUGGCUUUUAUUUGACAGAACUCAUCAUCACAGUUAUUGUUGUGAUGAAAGCUGUGUCCUCAGAGGCAGAGUCAAACAAAUCUAAAUGACUCGGAUCAGGAAGCAGAGAGCAGCAGCAGUAGCUUGUUGAGCUGCAGCGAUGUGCCUGAUGUGCUUUGAUAACUUUAACCUCUCAGCCUCUUUGGCUUCUGUCAGCUCAUUGAACCUCCAACUUAAAAUCAAAGUUUUCUUUGGCUGAUUAUUGAUCUGUGGCUCAGAUUUGUUUUUAACAACAUCAUUCAAAAUAUUUGACUUCCUGAAAUGAGUCAGUGGUUCAUGUGAAAGACAGUGUCGUCUCACCGUGUGUGAGAGCAGUCAUUGUAGAACAGAAUUUUAAUCUUAUUUUUACAAAUGCACCAUAUAUAUCAGCAAUAAUAUCUGUAUUGGACAAUAUGUGUCAUUUUUUAGCAUAUCAGUAUCGGUCCGUUAAAUACACAUUUUCAUAUAGGUUCAUCCUUAAAAACCUUUUAAUCAAAUUAUUACAAAUUUGCAAUUUGAGCCAUAGACAACAACCUGCUAAGUCACCAUGUUAAGCUAGCUGUUUUUGCUAGAUUAGCAACAACAGCUGUGUACAUUUGUAUUCACCUGACAAUCUCCUAACUUUUCCUUAAAGAUUUGACAGAAGCUGCCAUUAUUUCCAAAUACUCCAUGAUUCCUGACAGACUGAAGGUUUGAACCCGAGCAGCCCUGUUUAGCCUUCCUGUUAUCUCCUGAAAAGGUCUGUCUCUCGGUUUGUAAACACGUCAUGAUAUAGUGGCUACUUGUUUUCAACAUGCUGCAUACAAAGCUUCUGCUUAAUUAGAUUCUUACAACUCUGGUGUGCUUUAAUUUGAUUUUGAAAUACUUUGAUACUGCAAGCUAGCUUCUAGGUGUCUUCAUUCAGUAAUAGAAUCCACACCAAAGAGUUUUGGCCUUAAUGUGACUUGGCAGUGUGUUCAUCCUGUUUUUGACUUUCUGCCUGGUGAGUUACUGAUCACAGCCAAACAAACUGAAAUUUGUCAAAUUUUUUGUCUCAAGUCAAUUUUUUUGCUGGAACUUUUGAUGAUUUUUAGUGCAGAUAUGGAAAAUAAUGAGGUCUUUGUAGUGUUCAAAAUGCAGUUUUAAGAAUCUUGAAGGCUUUGCUGAGACUCAUAGCUAUCGAUGCUGAAUUCCUCCUGCUCAUAUUAUUGCCACUUAUUUUUUCCACACCUUGCAGAUACACUUUAAUGAAAAUAUGAUUCAGCCACUUUGCUAAAAACUUCAACAGAGUGACAGAUAAUCAAUAGAUAAAUGAGACCAAAGCAGCUCUUUGAUCUCUCAUAACAGUUUAUAUGGAGAAUGAAAACGGAACGUAAAGUCACAUUUGUAUUUUUGUGUUAAGUUUCAUGCUGAGAUACAAAUCAAAUUUACAAAUCAAAGUGUCGACUAAUCCAAUCCUGUUUGGACCUCACACAUUACAUUUACAGUAUAUAUUUCCAUCUGAAUAACUGGUAGCAACAAAUCAUUCAAAAUGUCUCUUUCUUUUCUUUGGGACAUUUUGAAUGACCGUCCUCUGCUGGGUUUCUGGCUCCUGGGUAACUGAAGUAAUCAGGAGUACUCCCCCACAGACUUCCUGACCUUUAACCCUGGCCUGUGGAGCAACUGGUUGAGAGCCUGACUAUUACUCAUUACCAUUUAAAUAAUAACAGGCUGGUCAUAAAUGAUAGCUUCUGCCAUUAAAAACUCAUUCAUAACCAGCCAGAAAGCGAAAAGGUCACUAACUGCGUGCAGUAAUGAUGUCACGCCGUUUUUCUGAAAAUCCACUUUGUGCGCUACUGACGGCUCCAUUGUUUAGAAAUGUAUUUUUUCUCUCCAGCUGUACUUUAUUUGCUCUGCUGUUUAUUCUAUUUUUCUUGGCCUGCAGUGCUUCUUUAAAAGCUGGACCUGCUGGGAAUGUCACAGGAUAAACGUGGGAACAAUAGCUGGAAGCUGACUCUCUGGUUAUUCACUUUUAUAUUUACAAUGAGAGAAGAAUGUUUCUCAACCCUGCCGUAUCUACGCCCCCCUCCCCUCCUCCCUUUUUUGUGUCCUUUAAUCAGUUAAAGCAAACAGCGGACCAAGCUUCCUGUACAUCUGGGGACUGGCCCCGCCCCUUCCUGUCUGCAUUAUCUCUCGUAUUGUGCUGACUUCCUGUUAAGAGGAGGUGGGAAGCGUCUUGGAGGGGAAGAGGGAGCAAUUUGAGUAGAAACACAGGAUGAGGGCAAGGAACGGGGUUAGAUCGGAAUAAGGAGGGACAAGGGGAGAGGAGAAACGAUAAAGAACAAAAUGUCUGAUGAAAUAUUGGGGCAUAACACAGAAAACAUGAGAAAAACCUUUAUGAAGCAAUACAUUUAUUUUCAGAAAUCUAAAUUUCAGAUGAAUCUUAAAAAUAAUGAGAAAUUAUCAUGAAAUAUACAUAAAAAUGUAAACAGUUUUAGGUCAUAAAAACAAAAGAAUCAAAGUUGGGAUGGGAAGAAAACACUGGACUAGAGCUUUUUUUAAAAGGUUUUAUUGGCUCUAGCCUUUAUUUGAUAGUGAAUUGAAGGAAAGUAGGUAAUGAGAGAAGGGGAGACAUGCGGCAAAGGUCACCAGGCCAGGAAUGGAACCCGCGUCGAGGAGCAAGGCCUUCUUAUGUGGGUUGGAGGUCUUAGUCUCCAACGAAGGCCCAAUUAAGGAGUGCUCUGGUGCUACGCGUUGCUAUAGCACCCCUGGGCUGGAGCUUUAAAAUCCCUACAAUUUAUCAGUGUUAUUUUGACAUAUUUUAGAACUCACUAUGCCCUUUAAUCUAUCAUGUAUUGUCAUCAUUUAUGUAUUUACAUUUGUUUUUGAAAAAAGUGUGUAUAAAAAAUAGAAAAGGAUCUGCACACAAGUUCAGUAUGCUUUUUUCAUCAACAAAUGUUUGCUGCACAGUUUUCAUGCAGAAAAUGUAAAGAUGUCUUUGAAAGAUGAAGAUGAGAUAUUGAAUGCACCUUUUGUUUUAUAGAUGUGAUUUGUGUGUUAGUGUAUGCAUUCGGUUUGAGUGGUUGUCAUUUCACAAACCACAGAGAUUUGUAAAUGCACUCACAAAUUUAGAAAGGUUUAUAUUUUCUAUAAAAAUCUUAAGAGAAAUGAUGGAAUUUUAAAUAUGUCAUGGCAAAAGCAGUUAACAUCUCAAUAAUGUUAGUAUAAAACCUAAUUAGUUGGUCUUGGAGGAAGCUAAUGGCCAAUUGAAGAAGACUGAAGGAGACUACAGUGUGAAAGGUGUCCUAAUGCAAACAUUAUUUUAAAACUUUUAAGCCACUGAAAUGAGCAUUCGCAGGUUAUUGGUAAAAAAAAAGUCACAAGCAGAAAGUGGAGGUUAACAAUUUGUGAAAAUGGAACAUGCGAAACAUUUCAAGUCAAAGUGACAACGUAAACAGAGAAGCAUUGUAAAAAUCUAUGGAGUUUACUUGAGCUGCUGUAAUUAUUAUUUUUGAUGAAUAAUUUGUCGUAAUAAUUAGCGACUUCUGUGUAAAUAGCUACCAAAUUGAAACAUGACUGUGAUUAAAGGUUGAUAAAAUAGCUUUUUCAAAAAUCUUAGGGCAGCUUAUGCAAAUUUGAGUUGUUUAAAGCAAUAGAGGCCAACUUUUGUCUUGGUCCGCCUUUAGUUUGACCUUCUGCUUUAAUAUGACUUUAUAGUAAAUUAAGAUACUAAGACUUAUUCCUUCCAUAUAACCUUUCAACAUAAGAGCUCUUCAAAAUCUAUCCAUUAAAAAUAGCUAAAAACACUUAUAGAAUAUUAAUCGUGUUUCUUUUGUCAAUAGAAAAACUCAGCUUGGAUUCAGACAAUAAAAACAAAUGUCUCAGGGUGGGAUCCAGGCAAAUAAAAUCGUUUUACAUUUAUACCAAAACAAGCAAAACAUCUCCAGAAUUAAUGACACUGGCCUAAAGUGAACUUAUUUGAACUUUUUGUGCAUUCCUCAAGGAAUUUUACUUUGAGAAAAUCUAUGUAAUUGUGCCCAACAGCAGUAUUUGCUUUUCUUUGUUAUUUCUAAAUUUGGCUUUUUUUUUUUUUUUUCUGCCAAAAAAAUAAAAAAUUCUACAGAAAUUGCUUUUGAAGAAUGGGUAUCCAGCCAUAAUGAUUAGUUUAAAUCUCCAUUGGAUUCAUGUACAUACACAUAGAGUGUCAAUCUCAUAGAAGCAACAAUGAUUUUUUUCUUUAUGUAAAUAUGGAGGUUUGUAGGGGAGAACCAUGUGCCUUUAUUCUUAAAAAAAUGUAUACAUAUAUUCCACACACACACUUUUUUAUGGUUAACACAAUGUUUUUUUAUGGUAUUUCUAUGGUGUAUAGCAGCUACUUUUUAUUACCUGCCAUUAUUUGUAAGUGUAGCUACAAAAUAAAUGCCAAAAAAGU